AGGCCUCGCCUUCCGUGACGUAAGGCUCACGCUACGGUGCGCCAUUUGUGACUAGCAUCAAAAAAGCGCGGACCAUCGAGAUAACCGCAAAAUCAUGGGGUUUUGAUCCAGAAGGAGUAAACUGAACGUCAGCACUGGGCCAAACCAAAGCCGGUCAUGUCAUGGCAGAAACACAGAUGUUAGUAGAGAAGGCUGUCGAAGAGCCUCUGACUGACAGCAGUGAGAAGGGGCAGCCAGUCGAUAUGGAGAUGGAGGAAUCUGCAGGUGACUCUGCAAAAGGAGCCGCUGAGGCUGAUGAAGCAGACGCCAAACUGGUGAUGAGGUCAGAGCCUGCACAUGCAGAUGGAGAAAACCUGUGCACAGUUUGUGGUUUCUCAGCCAAGUACCCAAGAUCACUAAAGAUUCACUGUGCACGAAAACAUGGGAAGAACUUUGAUCAAACUACACACGGUCAUGAGCAAAAUCCAAACACUUCUGAUAUAAGUCCAGCUGACAUCCAACAAGAAGCAGUCUCAGAGACAGGCAAGAAUGCCACCAUUGUAGAAAAAUGUGAUCCUGAUGAAUUAAACUCUCCAUUAAAUAAUGAUAGCAUAGAGUUUACUGUACCUAAAAAGAGAAGCAGUUAUCUAGCUCAAGACAAGCAAUGGACGGUUCAAGAAGAGCCACUUCUUCCCCAAGAGAGAAGACUGAGCAAGCGAAUUCCAAAACCUAAGAUUAUUUAUUCCUGCAACUACUGCGGGCAGGAAUUCAGAGACAAGUCUCCACUUGAUGUCCAUGUCCAGAGAUACCAUACAAAAGAUGUCCCAUACACAUUUGAUGCUGAUGAAAACGUGGGUGAAAAAGAUGACGCCAACAGCCAGGCUGAGGUUGUGAAGGAGAAACCGACACAAGUAGCACCCAAACAUCUCAGCAGGUUCCAGAUGAAGUGUGUGAGCUGUGACUUCAGGGUUGGCAAUGCCGCAGUGCUGGAAAGGCACUCUCGCGUCAAACACCCGGACCUGAAGUGGUACCGCUGCAAGCUCUGUAACUUCUUCGCGGCCACGUCUGAGUGGAUGGAGGUUCACUUGUGCUCAGAUGGUCACCAACAGCAGCAGGACAAAAAGAUGAGUCCUGCAUCUUCCUCGUUUGAGUCGUAUGUUGAGAGUGUAAGCAGAGACUGUGCUGGAGAUGGUGCUGAAGUGGAUCAGGUAGUUGGUGGAGAAAAGGCUUUGACGGAGAAAGAACAGGAAGGUGACGAGGCAGCGGAGGCCGUCAUGAGUGCAUCAGCCGAGGAAGAAGACGGAGAGUUUGAGCCGCCCAGGAAAAAAAGAGGCCGACCAAAGCAAGGCUCCUCUACCACAUGUGGACACUGUGGCCUGGUUGUGUCCAAUGCCACCAACCUCAGCGUUCACAUCCGGCGUAAACACAGUAAAGAGUAUGGUUAUAGCUGCACUUUGUGCAACUACAGCUGUGUGACCAAAGGAGACAUGGAUCGCCAUUGUUUCACCAAGAAGCACAUUAAACGAGCACAGGGGGGCUCAAACAAGAAUCCAGACUCGUGUCACAUUCAGGCGUCAUUGCCGGAAGCCACGACUACACAGAUUAGUAGCGCACAGGGCACCGAGGGAACACAGGAAGCCGAGGACACAGUCGUUGGAGAAGACAAAGCCGAGGAGCAGACUCAGUCCGAUGUGGCUCAACAGCAAAUCAAAUAUGACUCUGUCAAUGCCUGCAGCCUCUGUGAUUUUGUCGCUCAGUCAAUACCGUCCCUCCAUCUUCACGUCAAGAGAAAGCACACCAAAGACUUUGAGUAUGUCUGCCUGGCAUGCGGCUAUUAUGCCGUCACUAACAGGGAAAUGUAUCGCCAUGCCAACACAGACAAGCAUAAACAGAGAAGCCAGAAAUACCUGGAACUGCAGGGGGGCGAACAACAAAAGAUUUCUGAAGUCCCGUUAGGACAGAAGGAGAUCAUAGCGCCUCCCGGGGAAAACUUUGAUCCCAGCCCAGAAGAUCCAAACUCUGCAGAUGUGUCUGCAGAUGUAUCUGCAGAUGCAGACGAAAAGAAUGCUAUUGCAUCUUCUGGGCUUGAACCAGAUCCAACCAACGCAACCACUGAACAAGCAGAGCUGCCUGAGCCCCAGCAGGCUUCCGGAGAACUUGAAGUAAAUGAAUCUUCACUGCAAGAGAGCUUGGAUGAGAAGGGGGAAGAGUUUGAAGAACACGUGAAUGCGGACGUGAUUGUAGACACACAAAUGUCCAAAGCCCCACCAUUUGAUGCCGCUAUUGUGUCUGUGAAGGACUUAGGUAUACAGGAGCAUGCACCACUGGAAAGCUCUGAAAGUUCAACCCAUGCUCUGUGUUCAGGUGCAUCACCCUUGGACUUUACACUCACCAGCUCUGCACAUGUAAAAAAGCACAAACUCAAGGAAGUGAAGAUGAAGGACGAGACCAGAAUAAACAUUUCUCGCAUACGUUGUGAGGACUGUGGUUUCAUGGCUGAUGGAAUAAGCGGCCUCAAUGUCCACAUUUCAAUGAAGCACCCUUCCAAAGAGAGGCACUUUCACUGUCUGGUGUGCGGCAAAUCGUUCUACACGGAGAGCAACCUGCACCAACACCUGACAAGCGCUGCCCACCUCCGCAACGAGCAGAACAGUGUGGAAGAGCUGCCUGAAGGGGGUUCAAGCUUUAAGUGUGUGAAAUGCACGGAUCGCUUUGAGUCAGAGCAGGACUUGUUUUUUCACAUCAAGGAAAAACACGAAGAGCUCCUGAGGGAGGUCAACAAGUAUGUGCUGGAGGACACAGAGCAGAUAAACCGCGAGCGAGAGGAGAAUCAGGGCAAUGUUUGCAAAUACUGUGGCAAGGUGUGUAAGAGCAGCAACUCCAUGGCCUUCCUGGCACACAUCCGGACACACACAGGAUCCAAGCCUUUCAUGUGUAAGAUCUGCAACUUUGCAACGGCUCAGCUGGGAGACGCCAGGAACCACGUGAAAAGACAUCUCGGCAUGCGAGAGUACAAAUGUCACAUCUGUGGAUGGGCUUUUGUGAUGAAGAAACAUCUCAGCACCCACCUGCUGGGGAAACACGGAGUCGGCCAGCGUAAAGAAAGGAAGUUCGAAUGCGAUUUGUGCGACCGCUCGUUCAGUGAAAAAUGGGCCUUGAACAACCACAUGAAACUGCACAGCGGGGAGAAGCCGUACAAGUGCGCCUGGCCAUCCUGCCACUACUCCUUCCUCAACCUGUCAGCCAUGAAGGACCACUACAGGACACACACCGGAGAGAAGUCUUAUCUGUGUGAUCUGUGUGGCUUUGCGGGCGGCACGAAACACGCCCUCACCAAACAUAGACGCCAACACACAGGAGAGAGACCCUUCAAGUGUAAGCUCUGCAACUUUGCCUCCACCACCCAGUCCCACCUUUCACGGCACAAGCGCGUUCACACCGGGGAGAAGCCGUACCGCUGCCCCUGGUGCGACUACAGGUCCAACUGUGCGGAGAACAUCCGGAAGCACAUUCUCCACACGGGGAAGCACGACGGAGUUAAGAUGUACAACUGUCCCAAAUGUACCUAUGCAACCAACUCUCCCAUGGAGUUCAGGAACCACCUGAAGGAUAGCCACCCUGAUAUUGAAAAUCCAGACCUGGCGUACCUGCAUGCAGGAAUCGUUUCCAAGUCCUUCGAAUGUCGACUGAAAGGUCAAGGGGCCACAUUUGUAGAAGCUGAAGCUCUGAGCCCUGUUGCCCAAAGGAAGAGCUCCCCUGAAGCGUCGGGGCAUGAAGAUGUCCAGCAGGUCAUUAUUAUCCAGGGAUACGGUGAGGGGGAUGUGGCCAUCGACCAGGCUCUGGAGGAGUCGGCUGCCGCCACCCUGCAGACGCUGGCUAUGGCGGGGCAGGUAGCUGAGGUGCUGCACAUCACUGAGGAUGGGCAAGUCAUAGCGUCAGGUAGGGAGGUGGCAUCCACCGGUGCACAUUUAUCUGGAGGCGGCACCCAGUAUGUGGUUCUGGAGUCGGGGGACGCCACCAAAGAGCUGCGGGCGGUGACCAGAGAAGCUCUCACGGCCUCGGCGGGACAAAGCCAUGUGGUCUCAGAGUCGUCCACCGCUCUAGAUGCACUGCUGAGCGCUGUCAGCGAGAUGGGCCAGCAGGAGGAGCCACGAGGGGAGGCCACGGUUGUCCAUAAAGUCUUCAACCCUCAGACAGCUGAGGCCUCCCCUGAUGCUACGCAGGCGGAGGUGAAACAGGAGCAAGAGGAGGUCCAGAUCAUUCAAGACGCUGGCCAUGGAGACAUGCAGGAGGUCUUGCAGCUCGCUGCUUCCCAGAUGAUGAAGGAGGGCCUCACGCAGGUCAUUGUCAAUAACGAAGGGACGCACUACAUCGUGACUGAGCUGGACGACUGCACCUUACAGGUGGAAGGAGGAGUGUACAGAGAGGUAGAGGCGGGUGAAGAGGAGGUGCAGCAGGUAGAGCAACAAGCAGAAGAGGAGAUGGUGGUUUAUCUGGCCGGGUCACCUCAUAAUAUAGUUCUGGAAGGUUAGAGGUGAGAGAGUUGAGUUCCCCAUUUUUCAGUCUGGUUGUUUUUUUAGUUUUUUACAGUUCUGUAGCUAUGCAAAACUCAGGGCAAAGCUCAUUCAUUUCAUCAAUGACACAUUAAGGUGCUCUGGGCGUAACUUGAAACAAACACACCCACAGCAUUCAGAGUGCUGCUGUGCAAGUGAAGGAAAUCGAUAGAUCCCGUUCAGUUCAGUCAAUUUUCAAUGCUUACUGUUAAACAGCUCACGCUUGUGUUUCUGUCAGAAAGGUGUGCUUUGUUUUUAGAUUUUCAUGAUUUUCCUGUUUCACCACAAUGAGUUUGGGUUUGGGUCUGUUAGUAGAAGACUUGGUCUCAUGAUUUUCAAUCAGUUCUUUCUUUGUUGUGCUUGUGAUGAAAUAGUUCUCUAUGGGUUUUGAAAGCUCAAAGCUUUUCCUCUACAAGAUUUUUUAGUUUGUUUUUUGUUUAAUAAAUGACAAUAAAGACGUUUUUGUUGAUCCCAACUGCUAUUGAAAAGUCUCUUAAUCAAUAAAACACAUUUGUGACCACAAA